UCGGCGUGAGUUUGUUGCGGUGGCAUCGGGGCUCGUAGCUUGAUUGCUCCUCGCUCGCUCACGCUGGAUUAGAGAUCAUCUCGCCGAGUUUUGUCGGCGGGGAGGAGUCGCGUGGCGUCCACUAACCCACACACGGACAUCUCGACUUCGCAAACACCUUCCCCGGUCAUUUAGGACUAAUAAGGACAAAAGGACGGAGGAGUUCCACCGUGGGAAUGACGGAGCCGCAGACAAACGCUUGGCACUAAUCUCGGCCAAUGACUGACAUCAAGCCAGGGAGAUACAUCUUAUAACCGGCUGGCGUUGAGAGCAGCCUAAGGACUGGGGCUCGGGUCUCGAAAGGAUUCGGCUCUGAAUGCUUGUGUAUCUCAGGGUUUAUUGUGUGCACGCGUGUAGUUUUAGCCUACCCAAACAAUAGGCAGUUUGAAAAGGGGAAGUAGGAGCUUGUAAUACACUCUUCCUCUGCGUUUGCCAGCCGGUAGGCAUAUGAAAGCUGAAGUCAGUUUAUACAGCUGGCUUUAAAUAAUUAGCCAUUUUUAAACCUUCGUUUUACUUAACGGUCAGCUUUCGGUUUGUCUCCAGGGACGCCAGACGCGUUAAACAACUAACGUCGUUUUUCGCUCCGUAUCGCUAUGGAUGAAGGACGAUAGAUGUUUGUUUUCCGGGGAAGAGCAGCUUAAUGUGUGACUUUAUAGUCUAAUGGUAUUGUUUAAGCACUGACAGAAGUUUUAAACUUCCUGCUUUAGUUUCUCUCGGCUCGGGGUGUUAUUGUCAUAAAGAUUAUGGCAGCCGUUGUGAAUUACUCUCCUCCGUGGUGGGUUAACCUUCUCCACAGACUGCCUCACUUUAAUUUGCAAUUUGAACAAACCAGCAGUGAUUUUCGACCGGAGGACUCGUCUUAUCAGCAGUCUAUCCUGCUACUGGGCAGUGUAGCUCUGGCAUGCCUGGCCUUGGACCUCCUCUUCCUCCUCAUCUACUCCUGCUGGCUGUGCUGCCGCCGUAAGAAGAGUGACGAGCAGCCAAACGCAGACUGCUGCUGCACCGCCUGGUGCGUCAUCAUUGCCACCCUCGUCUGCAGCGCUGGCAUUGCUGUUGGUUUCUACGGGAAUGGUGAAACCUGUGACGGUGUGAAUCGGCUUACUUACUCCCUCCGGCAUGCCAACCGCACCGUGUCUGGAGUGGACAGACUGGUGUCAGAAAGUACAUCAGCUCAGAACCAGACUGUGGACGACAACCUUCGGCUGCUGAAGGACCAGUAUGCAAAACACACAGACUACCUGUCCAUUGUACAGAAACUCCAGGAUCAGCGGAGUGAGUUGGUUCGUCAGAUGGCUGACAUUCCCUUUUGGAGUGAUCUCAGCAUAUCCCUGGAGGAUCUUGCAACCCAGAUUGAACUAUAUGACUGGUACAGGUGGCUGGGCUACCUGGGUCUGCUGCUGUUUGACGUGCUCAUUUGCCUACUGGUGCUCUUCGGCCUCAUCCGCAACUCCAAAGGAACUCUGAUUGGGGUGUGUUUUCUGGGUGUGUUGGCGCUGGUAAUCAGCUGGGGCUCACUGGGUCUGGAACUGGCUGUCUCCUCGGGCUUCAGUGACUUCUGUGUGGCGCCGGACAUGUACAUGACCAAGGUGUCAGAUCAAUAUAUGCUUAUCAAGAAAGAUAUCCUGCAGUAUUACCUCACAUGUAACGUGGGUCAGGUCAACCCCUUCCAACAGAAGCUGUCAGGAAGUCACAAAGCACUGGUGGAAAUGCAGGACGAUGUGUCUGAACUACUGCGCUCUGCAAUCCGGGAAUACCCCAAAACAAAGGUAAACCUUGAGCAGAUUCAGGGAGGGUUGAACACCACUGAAGUUGGACUGCACCAGCUCACUGCUCUUGUGGACUGCCGCAGUUUGCACAUGGAUUAUGUGCAGGCGUUGACCGGAGUGUGUUAUGAUGGACUGGAGGGUCUGAUCUACCUGGUGCUGUUCUCCUUCAUCACAGCCCUCAUGUUCACAUCCGUCGUCUGUAGUGUGCCGCACACAUGGCAUGCCAAAAGGACUGACGAGGACAGUGAGGAGGAGACCAUGGCUCCUGGAGGCAGACAGAAUCAUGAUAACCUCUACCGAGUGCACAUGCCCAGUCUCUACAGCUGUGGCAGCAGCUACGGCAGCGAGACCAGCAUCCCUGCAGGAGCACACACUGUCAGCAACGCUCCUGUUACUGAGUACAUGACCCAGAAUGCAAACUUCCAGAACCCUCGCUGUGAGAACACUCCUCUGAUCGGGAGAGAAUCUCCUCCUCCGUCUUUGUAUUUGACAUCCACGGACAGUAACAGCCGUCACAGCUGGCAGUUAAAGCCAUCGGAGAGUUCCCGCUCGUUUUGGUAACAGCCUCGGCUAUUCCAACAGUACACAUCCAGCAUGAGGGCCAAGUACCUGGCCAACACCCGGCCCGACCCCAACAGCAGCACCUCAGCAAACUAGAGGAACCCAGUCUUCUUCCCCUUCAGUCUUAAGCUCCCACUCACCCACAUGUUGUUCCCACAGCCCAGACCGGUUUCACCCCAGGCCAGCCCAUCCAGCAAUGUUGAUCUUUAAUGCGUGCCCUCCAACCCAGCUGAUAAAGGACGUCCUUGCAUCAUGUAAAUACUGCUGUCAGAGGAAUGUUCCAGAGGCCUCUUGCACUGUUUCCAGAUGGCUGGUUCAGUUCAGGCAGCUAGUAGGGUUACUCUCAGCCCUGAGUGCUUGCGUGUGAGCGUCUGUAAUGAGUAUAAACUUCAUUACCUACAGAUACAUUGAGUGACGUGUGUGUGUGUGUGUUGAUCCAUGCUGCCCUUGCUCAUUUGUGGUGCUCUUGCCAGAGGUUCAGAAAGGUCCAAAACUGAAGAACUGGACUGGGUUUAACGCCCAUAAUGCCCCUACAUUCCUACGUAGCCUCUGUCCUCUGGUCAUUUGAAGUAAUGUGACCUUCUCCAUUUGCAGGACCUACUGCCACAUCCCGAAUCUACCGUUUACAUCUGUGGCAUCUACUGUAAUAUAACUGAACCGAUCUAAUCUGAACAGCCUGAGAGCAGUGAGAAUUUCCCCAGAAUUCAUUUUUUAAUUAGCAAUAGCUGUUCUAAUGAAAUGAUGAGAAAGAUGUCCAGAAACGUACUCUACUCUAGUAAACAAAUGCAGAUGCCAAGAAUGUUUUUGGACUCAUUGUAGGUGCUUUGGGACUAACCUCCAUGCUCGAGACCAUACAGAGUCAGAUGUUUUAAGAAAUUCUUUUCACUGCAUUACACACAUUAAUACAGUUCACUUAAAGGAGUGAGUACAUUUUCUCCAUCUACUGGCAAGUCGUGGAAUAUAUCCCCUAUGACUCUCACAGUGCAUUUGUAUUCAGUAGAAGCUCACUUUUGAGUGUCAUCAGCCGUGGUGAAUUAUGGAAGUGAGCGUAACCAAAUAGCACACUAUAUGUCAGACACAUCUCAAGUUUCUCUUCAAAAAGUUGCUUUUUCGUGACUCUAAUGGACCAUAAAGAUAAAGUUUAUGGACAUGCUUGCUUUAGCAAACCCCACUGCGUUACGGAUUCCAGUGUAGUGCUAUAAAUCAAGCUUGAUUUGGUCUAGCUAGCUUUUGCAUUUUUGUUCUCAUGCAUAGUAUGUUUCAGGCCUAAAUCUGUAGCAUAUGCUGGUUGUGAUGAGAUUUUUACAGGCUUGAGUUUUAAAGGGAUGGUUGAUUACAAUUUACCUUUUUUAACGUUAGUGUGUAAUGUUGCCGUUUUAGCAUAAACUACAUCUGCUAAUUUAAAACAUUAAAAGUUCAAUGCAGUCUUUUAAAAAGUCUUGCAGGUUAUUGCCUACAAAAAAGAACUACGAGCUACUUCCCGGGUCCAUUACAUCAACACCCCAGAAUGCAAUCAAGCCUAGAAAAAACAAAGUCAACCACCCCAUGGGUAGUUCUUCUUCAAUACACAUGGACUGAUUUAAACAAGCUACUCAUUUAACUGGGUUGUAUCCACUGCCAUUACUGGAAAACCUGGACAUCCAGAGCUGGACAAACCAGCCUAACAAAGAGGAAGUUGAGGAAACCUCAUCAGACGGUUUACCAAACUUUGAUGAGCUGGAUUUUGACCAAACUCUGACAAUCUGGACAACCUCAAACUGCUUUUAUAUUCAAGCACUUUCAGUCUGAAUUCGACUUGCUCUGAUGCUGGGAUCACAUGGAACAUUACAUUUGUCCUAAUGCUGUACAAAAAUGGAGACACUGGGACCAGCUUGGACAAUUUUUCAUUGCUUAUUUGUCUAGUAAAGAGGUUCAUUGUGGUGAACACAAUGUAAAAUUAACAUUUGGAUCUUCAUUUUGCUGAUCAGCUCAGUCCUCAGGAAAGGGGACACCAAUAUGGCAGUAAAGUCAUCAGUGUCCGGUCUUUUUUUGCGAAGAAAAAGAAGAGAGCUGCAAGCCUCAGUAGCUUGUGCUGUAAUUCAGUGUGACUUUCAAAGCCCGCAAUUUCCUGGGCUUGUUGCUUCUGUACCACAAAUUGCUUUCAUUCCCAGAGUUGAGGGGAAACCUGCCAUCCCAGAAGAGGACAUAAAUGUGAUGUGCUGUCAUCUAGAGUAUUUUCCCCAUGCUGAGAGCACAGACACACAGGAGGCUGGCAUCUGACCAGGGUGAACUCCCUUUCUCCUCAAAAGACCUCUCUCUGAUGUUGUAGACUGAGUCUAGUAUGAACACGUCUCUCCUCUGGAUCUUAUAAAGUGGUGCCAGUGUUCUCAUAUCAUGGGCAUCUUUGUUCCUACCUUCACACACACACACACACACACCUCAGGACUGGCUGCCUGCAUCCUCACAUUGCCAACAUCUCGAUUUCAGGACACCAAGUCCAGGUCAUAUCCUUACCAUUUGAAAAAAGACAAAAAGCAGUUAGUUAAAAAGGCUGCGUUUGUAUUAUCCAUUUGCUCUAAACUCAUAAUGAGAAGGUUCAUGAGAAUUGGUUCAUUCUUAUAGUUAAGAUCUGACUCAUAGAUCUUUGUGGGCUCUGCAUGCAUGCAUGCUGUUUAAAUGCGGGCUGAUAACAAAUGCCAUCGUGACAGCAUUGCUCUUGAGGUCCCAGACUUUUAUGAACACACACACAAAAACUUCACACAGAAGAACAUAGCCUUGGAUUGUGUUCUUGAGCGAUUAUUGGACCGUGUGAGUUCUCAAAGGCAUGAUCAUCCUAUGAACAUGGAGUGGAGCCAUGUUGUGUGCUACUGACGCUUGCAUUGGUUUCUCGAUUGAUGCUUUUUUGAUCAAUGAUGAGGUCCAUUUUGUCCUCGACUGUGCCAAUAAUUGCCAGCUUUCCUGUAUCUAAAUGUUUUGCAUCUUUGAAGUGGACUCUCGUGAGCUCUGUGGAACCAGAUGAGACACCUGUGAACAUGAGCCUGAUGUUGUGGGAGUAUUUUUUUUUUAUUUUUCUCUGUCAAUAACCAUGUUAGUGAUGAUGCAAUCUGUUUUUAUGUCGCCAUUUACUCCUUGGUAAUGUCAUACUGCAAAAAUAAUGUAUAUACAGUAUAUUGAACCAAUGUUUGCAAGAAAAUGCCCCAUUAAGGACAUGAAAUUGUGAUUAUCAUAGUUUUUUGUUUUACUUUUUAUUUGAAUUUCAUAGUCCUCGUGGCAUAUUUUUAGACAUAUUAGGCACAAAAUAUUUUGUCUCUUUCAUGCGAUUUAAUGAUUUUGGUCUUUUAUCAAGAUGUUUUUAUAUGAAUUCACUGUAGGAUGAACUUUUUUCAGUUACUAAAAUAUUGUAAAUGUAAAACCUGUGGUUUUAUUGAGCUUGAACUGUGUUUUCAGAUUAAACCUAACAUUAACUGA